AGCGGCCGCGCCCCGUGCCCCACAUCAACAUGGCCGCCGCCGCUGCAGCCGCAGAAGCCGAAGCCGAAGCCGAGGGCCCGCUGUCUGUGGCCUCUGGCCGGGCCCCUGACGCUGGGCUGUGGGGCCGCUGCCGCUGCCGCUGCCUGACGGUGGAGCCGGUGCUGAUCAUGGCCAUGCUGGCGCUGGCGCUGCAGGGCCCGCUCACCACGCAGUACAUCUUCCAGAGAGUCAGCGCCGAGCUCGGCUUCAGCGGCAACCGGAGCCGAGGCUGCAACAGGUCGCAGGGGUCCGAGGCCGAGCUGGAGCGGGCUGUGGAGACGAUGACUUCGCACUGGAACCUGUACAUAAACGUGGGAGGCUUUGCAGUGGGGAUUUUUUCAGUGACUCUACUUGGGCCGUGGAGUGACCAUGUGGGACGCAGGCCGAUCCUGAUCAUUCCUGCCGUGGGCUUGGCGCUGCAGUCGGCGCUCUACCUCAUCGUCAUGUACCGGCAGCUGUCCGUGGCUUACCUGCUGCUCGGCCGCCUGCUGAGUGCACUGCUGGGCGACUUCAACAUCAUCCUGGCCGGCUGCUUCUCCUACAUUGCCGACGUCAGCGACAGACAGUCGCGCACUGUGCGCGUGGCCGUGCUGGAGUCGUGCCUGGGCAUUGCCGGCAUGCUGGGCAGCGUGAUCGGCGGGCAGUGGAGCAAGGCUCAGGGUUACACCAACCCCUUCUGGCUGGUGUUGGCGCUGAACCUGGCCACGGCCGCCUACGCCUACACCUUUGUCCGCGAGUCGGUGAGCACGAAGCGGGCAGCCAGGCUGUUCACAACCGAACACUACAAAUCGCUCUACCGCCUGUACUCGGAGGGCAGGCUCAGCCUUUGUCUCUACGCCCUCUGCUUCUUCAUCGUGGUGACCGUGCACUUUGGAACCAAGGACAUUCUGGUCCUUUUCGAGCUGAGCUCCCCCUUGUGCUGGGGGUCCGAUUGGAUUGGGUACGGAUUGGCACUGGAGCACCUGACCUACCUGAGCAGCUUACUGGGCCUGAAGCUGAUGCAGCCGUGCAUUAGUGACAGCGGCAUUGCAGAGAUUGGUCUGUUGUCCAACAUCGCCGGCUUGGUGGUGUUCUCCGUGGCUGCCACCAGCUCCCUCAUGUUCACAGGAUACGGGCUGCGGGUUCUUGGUAUGACCACCACUCCAGUGCUCAGAGCCAAGAUGUCAAAGCUAGUGGAGGUGACAGAUCAAGGAGCACUGUUUGCCUCAGUGGCGUGUGUGGAGAGCGCCUGCUCACUGGCAUCAACAGUGGUCUUCAGCUCCUUGUACCCCGCAACACUCUACUUCAUGAAAGGAUUUUCCUUUCUCUUUGGUGUGACGUUACUUCUCAUUCCAACAGGGAUUAUUGGGAUCCUGGAGUGCAGAGGGCCAGAGUUGCCGUACCGUCGAUUUGAAGAGGCCCCCCAAGAGGCCCCCAUCAGCACUGACCUUGCCACCUCCAUCCAGAAUGAGUGAACCCACUGGACAUUUCCAAUUUUAGUGUUUGUUUUAGAGAUACAGCCUGGAAACAGGACCUUUGGCCAACAGAGUCCGCACACAAGUUCUAUCCUACAUACUAGGGACAAUUUACCAAAGCCAAUUAACAUGCAGACCUGCACGUCUUUGGAAUGUGAGACGAAACUGGAGCACCCAGAGAAAACCCAUGCGGUCGGAGGGAGAACGUACAAACUCCAUACAGACAGCACCCGAGGUCAGAAUCGAGCCCGGGUCUCUGGCGCUGUAAGGCAGCAGCUCUACCCUGCACCACUGUACCGCCCUUGUUACUGUCGAUCGGGUGCGGUUCAUGUGAUGUGGCAGAGCUAGCAGUACACGUGGUACUCCAGAGAAUUAUACAACACUGCGGGAAACCAUUCAGCCCAUUUCCUCCAUGCUAGCCCUGACAGUUAUCCCAUUGUCUCCGUGCAAUAAACUUUCCCAUAAUUGUUUACACUUUUCUAUUCUUGAAACAUCAAUGUGGUUUGCCUUCGGGAGUUAUAGGUAAAACUGCUUCCCUGGCCCUUUACAAGCAGAUCACUGCUCAUUGCAGAAAAUAUUUUACAGUUGCUCCCUGACCUUGGUCUCUUCCUGAUCAUACUCUGUGACUCAAGUUAACAUCCCUUGUUGCAGUUUUUAGUUUAGAGGUGCAGCAUGAAAACUGGCCCUUUGGCCCGACAAGUCCACGCCGACCAUCAAUCACCCGUUCACACCAGAUCUAUGCUAUUGCACUUUCCACAAGGGGUAAUUUACAGAGGCCAAUUAACCUACAAACCCGGGCGUCUUUGGGAUGUGGGAGGAAAUCAACGCUGGUGGAGCUGUUGCCUUACAGCACCAGAGACCCUGGUUU